GGCAGUGACGUUUUAUCUUGCUCUUGAUUAAAAAUUAUAAAGUGAUUUUGUUUUUGUAAUCGUUUGUCGUUUGUCUAACGAUUGUGGUCAUUAUUGCUGAAUACUGCUGUUUUAAUUAAGCAAAUCUUUUUAUUAAAAAGGUUCCACCUCUAAGUGGUUAUAAAUUAAAAUCGCUCAAAUGAAAUAAAUUAAACUACAAGUACUACACGCCGACUAAUAUGGAGUUACAGUGCACAGUGCAGAAUUAUGACUGGGGCAAACUGGGAUCUGACAGUAUGGUGGCCAAGCUGCUCUCUAGUGCCGAUAGCAAGGUCUCUAUCGACGCUUCAAAACCUUACGCUGAGUUAUGGAUGGGGACACAUCCCAACGGGCCUGCACUGAUAAUAGACAGGAACGUGCUGCUCGGAGAUUACAUCAAAGAUAACCUGGAUGCUAUCGGCCCAGUGGUCAAAAGCAAAUUUGGUGUUUCUGUGCCGUUUCUGCUUAAAAUUCUGUCAAUAAGAAAGGCAUUGUCUAUACAAGCUCAUCCUAAAAAGGAACACGCUGAAGAACUUCACAAAAGUUUCCCGGACAUGUAUAAGGACCCGAAUCAUAAGCCGGAGCUUGCCAUAGCGUUAACACCGUUUGAGGCUCUCUGUGGAUUUAGACCUUUGUCUGAAAUUAAGAUCUUUUUGACAAAACUACCAGAGCUGACAGAGAUACUUUCAGCGGACAGUGUCAGUGCCCUCUUAGCCCAAGAAGACCAAGGAGACCAAAACAUACUCAAACAGGUCUUCCAUUUGCUCAUGACUGCCAGUAAAGAUGCACUUGCAUCAAGCUUGAGCAAAUUCCUGACAAGACUGGAGAAAGAAGAUGCAUCAGUACAGUUAUCACUACUCUACCAGCUUGUCCAAAGACUGCACAGUGACUUCCCUGGUGAUGUUGGCUGCUGGGCUCCAUACUUCAUGAACUAUUUAGAGCUCAGGCCUGGUCAAGCCAUCUUCCUCAAGCCUAACUUGCCACAUGCGUAUAUUAGUGGAGACUGCGUAGAGUGCAUGGCGUGUUCAGACAACGUGGUUCGAGCGGGUCUCACUCCCAAACACAUCGACGUGCCCACUCUAGUAGGCAUGCUGGACUAUGGCAGCUACACCAAAGAUGAACUGCUCUUCAACCCGAAGUUGGAAGAUGAAAACUGCUGUAUCUGGCGACCGCCUGUGCCUGACUUUGCUGUUGCGAAAAUUAAGGUAAACGGUGACGACGAGCCCUACAACACAAUCAUCCGUCCCAGCCCCAGCCUCAUAAUUGUCACGUCUGGUUCCGGAGAGAUCUGCGACACAGAGCCCAUUCCAGCCAGGCCUGGAGUAGUAGUGUUCCUAAAGGCCAGUCGUCAGCUGACUCUCACACCUGCACCGGGAAGCCAUCUUGAGGCCUACCAGGCUAUAUGCAAUGUGUGAAUAGCAAAAAUAUAUUUUACUUCACCUUCAUCAUCGUCAUCAUACAUACAUGACAUUGGCGAAAUCGUGGUUCCCAAAAUCAAGUCAUCGCCAUAAAAAAGAAGAGAUCCCAUGUAAUUGGAAUUGGAAAGAAUUUACUUGGGGUUCCUAAGAGAUCUGUGACACAGAGCCCAUUAUAGCAAGACCUGGAGUAGUUGUGUUCCUAAAGGCCAGUCGUCAGCUGACUCUCACACCAGCACCGGGAAGCCAUCUUGAGGCCUAUCAGGCUAUAUGCAAUGUUUGAAUAGCUAGAUAAUACUUUUCACUUCACCUUCAUCAUCGUCAUCAUUGCACACGUGACAUUGGCGAAAUCGUGGUUCCCAAAAUCAAGUCAUCGCCAUAAAAAAAGAAGAGAUCCCAAGUAAUUGGAAUUGGAAAGAAUUUACUUGGGGUUCCUAAGAGAUCUGUGACACAGAGCCCAUUAUAGCAAGACCUGGAGUAGUUGUGUUCCUAAAGGCCAGUCGUCAGCUGUCUCUCACACCCGCACCGGGAAGCCAUCUUGAGGCCUAUCAGGCUAUAUGCAAUGUGUGAAUAGCAAAAAUAUAUUUUACUUCACCUUCAUCAUCGUCAUCAUACAUACAUGACAUUGGCGAAAUCGUGGUUCCCAAAAUCAAGUCAUCGCCAUAAAAAAGAAGAGAUCCCAAGUAAUUGGAAUUCGAAAGAAUUUACUUGGGGUUCCUAAGAGAUCUGUGACACAGAGCCCAUAAUAGCAAGACCUGGAGUAGUUGUGUUCCUAAAGGCCAGUCGCCAGCUGACUCUCACGCCCGCACCGGGAAGCCUCUUGAGGCCUAUCAGGCUAUAUGCAAUGUGUGAAUAAUGAAUGUUGUCUUUUAGUUCAUUAAUUCACAUUUAUCAUCGUCAUCAUUAAGCACACGUGACAUUGGCAAAAUCGUGGUUCCCAAAACCAAGUCAUUGUCAAAAAAAAGAAGAGAUGCCAAGAAAUUGGAAAUAAAUAAGAAUUUUAUUGGGGUUCCUAAGAGAUCUGUGACACAGAGCCCAUAAUAGCAAGACCUGGAGUAGUUGUGUUCCUAAAGGCCAGUCGCCAGCUGACUCUCACACCCGCACCGGGAAGCCAUCUUGAGGCCUAUCAGGCUAUAUGCAACGUGUGAAUAGCAAAAAUAUAUUUUACUUCACCUUCAUCAUCGUCAUCAUACAAACAUGACAUUGGCGAAAUCGUGGUUCCCAAAACUCAAGUCAUCGGCAUAAAAAAGAAGAGAUCCCAAGUACAUAAUUGGAAUUAGAAAGAAUUUACUUGGGGUUCCUAAGAGAUCUGUGACACAGAGCCCAUAAUAGCAAGACCUUGAGUAGUUGUUCCUAAAGGCCAGUCGCCAGCAGACUCUCACACCCGCACCGGGAAGCCAUCUUGAGGCCUACCAGGCUAUAUGCAAUGUUUGAAUAGCUAGAAAAUACUUUUCACUUCACUUCCAUCAUCGUCAUCAUUGCACACGUGACAUUGGCAAAAUCGUGGUUCCCAAAUCAAGUCAUUGUAAAAAAAAAGAAGAGAUCCCCAGAAAUUGGAAAUUAAUAAGAAUGUUAUUGGGGUUUCUAAGAGAUCUGUGAUACAGAGCUCAUACCAACAAGACCGGGUGUAGUGGUAUUCCUAAAGGCCAGUCGCCAGCUGUCUCUCACACCUGCACCGGGAAGCCAUCUUGAGGCCUAUCAGGCUAAAUUAAAAUAAAAAUAUGUUACCUUCAUCAUCGUCAUCAUACACACGCGACAUUUGCGAAAUCGUGAUUCCCAUAACCAUUACUCUAAAAAAAAAGAUCGGUAACAUUUUGUGAAAGUGAGAAUUAAAAGGGAAUCCCAAUAGAGUUCGAAUUUUCUCAGGAUUUUUGCAUCUACAUAGUGCCAAAUUCAAUCAUCUCAUUAAAAACUGAGGCAGUAAAUUUCUUCAAGUGAAAACUCUUCGAUGCUGAACAAUACAAAUUGUUUAAUAAUAAAGAGCUCAAAUGUAAACAACGAAUAUUUAUUAGAUUUAAAUGGUUUUAAACUGUUAAGUUUGACUGUAUGAUUUUAUUUUACUGUUUGACUUGCCAAUUUUUAUCAAUGUAGGUAAUUGU